AUGCAAUAUGCAAGUGGUACAUUUGAGUUCCGAGGCAACGAGGCGAAGCAACAGCGAGCGCCCAACGCCCUAAGACUUGAGCGUGACAACCGCCCAUUAUCACAUCCCAUCACCUCGCGCAGUGAUGGCGAAAACGCGCCCGAGAAUCUGCCACUAUUGGCUGACAGUUGCAGCCGCCCUGCGACAACGGCAAGAACGGGUUCCGGCAGAGGGAAGCAGGAUCGAGAGGCUGCCAGACACGGCGGCCCAACUGCCCAACGGGGCGUGGUCGCCUUGGAACAAUAA